AUGCCGUCUCCACCCGCAUCUGGCCCUUCCGGCACACCGGCUGGCAAUGCCUCUACCGUCUCUGUCGCUGGCAGCUUCCCAAACCCGGCAAAUGCUCGGGAGGGCGCCAGCCAGCCAAACUCAUACAACCUCAACCGCUACGUCUAUGAUAGACAAGGUUCCGUCAACGAUCAACUAGCUCAAUUCAUGGUGGUCUACAAAGAAGAAAAGCCACCCGGCAGCAAAUAA